AUGGCGUCACUUAGUGCUGAUCUUUUACAUGACAUACUGAAGCGUCUCGAUGGCACAGCGCUGGCAAGAGCAGGCUGUGCCUGUGCCGACUUCCAUGCCGCAUCAAGGGAAGAAGAAUUAUGGGAAAAUGCAUGCCGAUCCAUGUGGCCAUCAACAAGACCAACGAAAGCAACCUUUUCGGUGAAGAAUGGGGAGUCUGACUACCACUACUAUGACGACGACGACAUGGAUGAGCUUGAGCCUGACGAUGCCUUGCCUUCGGACUUCGUGUCUCUGAUCGACGAGAGGUACAGAGAUCGCGCGCUCUACUCGGAGGUCGUAUGGGGAAUUCCUAACUCGGAUGGCGCGAACGGAUGGUUCUACGACUGCCCGUUUCGGAUGGACCUGCUCGACCACUCCUCCGAAGACAAUGGCAACAACGACGACGACGGUGAGUUGCUCCUGCCAGCCAUCAAUGACCUGCCAUGGUUGCCAUCGAUGGAGCAAGAACGGAAAGACGGUAAGCUGUGGAAGGAGCUACACGACGGCGUGAAGCUGAGCUGGAUCGUCAACCGGAGGAUGGAGCGGGCGGUGAACCUGGCGGCGAAGGAGGCCCUGCCGCCGCCAUUGCCGUGGUGCCGGGUGGCGGAGUGCGUCCUGCUCGUGAAGCUCCGUGUGAGGAGCAUGGGGAGGCGGGAGACCGGGGAGCCGCAGCCGCCGGCGCUCGCGCUGAGCGAGGUGAGCAUGCGGUCCAUGCGGAUCGAGGACAUGAGCGGCGGCCGCCUCGACGGGCGGCGCAGGUGGCAUCCCGGUGUUCGCUGCCCUGUGUACCAUGUGGUACAGAAAGCUGGACAACUUCUGAAAGUCGGUAGCGUUGCAGACUUGCAGUGUAAUGUUUGCGGCCUUGUGCCGUCCAUGCUGCACAGAAAGGAGUUCAGAUCCUCAGAUCCUCUGGAUGUUUGGGAAUUUCAGAAAUAUUUUGGAGGACUGCAUGAGUAA